CUCGCACUAAAAGCUAGACUAUCUAUCUCGUUUUAAAUGCAGAAAGUGCAGACGAAAGGAGCAAACCUAAUCUCCCACCACGCUUCCGUUUGUUUACGUCGUGUGAGUCGGUUUGCACGUGUCUGCACAUGGCUCGCAACGAUUAUCCUCCCGCAUCUCAACAUGUUUUCCAUCACUUUGGUAAAUAUUGACAGUUAUCAGACGUCCCCGGUACCCGAGCUGGACGUGACAUUCUCGGAGUUCCGUGGCUCCGAAGUGAAAAAGGUACCGAUAAUCAGAGCGUUCGGAUCAACUGCCACGGGCAAGAAGACAUGCUUGCACAUUCACGGUGUCUUUCCGUACAUGUAUGUCGCGUGCACUGUUCGGGAGAAUACGGAUAGCUAUGCUUAUCAACUGGCUGCGGCGAUCGAUUCUGCGCUGAACACAUCCUUCGGUUCAGCUUUGUCCAGCAGCCAACACGUCUACAAGAUCCAGCGAGUGUCAGGAAUACCUUUCUACGGUUAUCACGAGAAGGAACACUUGUUUUUUAAAAUAUAUUUUUAUAAUCCAGCCAUAAUUAAAAGGACAGCGGAUUUGCUGCAGAAUGGUGCUGUUCUCAAUCAAACUCUGCAGCCGUACGAGGCACACAUCCCAUAUAUUCUGCAAUUCAUGAUAGAUUACAAUCUCUAUGGCAUGAAUUUAAUAAAUUUGAACAGCGUAAAGUACAGGCACCCUUUGCAAGGAUGCGCAAGAGAAGACAGCCAAAGCAGAUCUACAAUGGAUUUGCUAGACACGCAAACGUACCUUCCGAUAUCCGUAACGAGACAGAGCAUGUGCGAGUUGGAAGUGGACGUGCACGCUUCAGAGAUUCUGAACGGGCAAGGUGUCACUAAAAAUAUGGAGCUGAAUCCUGGUCUUGCCGCGAUCUGGGACGAGGAGAAAGCAAGGAGGGCCGAAGCUGGUCUAGAAGACGCAAAGUCGCAAUUAUUAUAUCCCAAAACUCCCAGCAAAAUUAUCUUACCUCCAACGAGUAGUGAUCUUUUUCAAGAGGGCCAAUUAUUGAAAAGAUUGAACGCUAUAUCACAAACCAAUGAGACAAUCACUCCAAAUACGACGGUACCUUCGUAUCCUGUUGAAGUGGAAGAUAAUGAAAAUGUCUUAGAUGCAUCUCAUAUUCUAAACCACAGUGAGUCUCUUGUAUCUGAGGAAAAUCUGGAAAGAACAGUUUCUGAUAAUUGUCAAUUGUUGCAAUUAGCCACGUCAGCACUUUUAGAGCCAACUCGAAGUCUAAGUAAUAUAACAGAUACUAGUAUUUUGGAUGCAGAUGACAUACAACUGGUGGAAAUGUUAGCUGACCUAGCGGAAGAAAAUGAAAUGGCGAGCAAUGUAGAUGACGAUAGCGUUCUCGGGUCUCAAUAUUCUACGUUCAGCGAGCCGGUUAAAAAUGAUCCGGAGGAAGAAGAGAUCGAGGAUUUGAAUAUCACAAGCUUAGAUCUAGAUCUAAGUUCUUGGGAAUCAGUGUAUAACCAGAGAUCCAAUCAACGUGACAAUACAGAUAACAAACAAAACACUGAAUCUGCAGAUAAUUCAAACGUUACUGAAGAAAAUGAUGGAGAUGUCACACUCGUGAAUUUUCCCCAAGUUGAUGGAGUUGAUGACUUGUAUGAGACAUUGAAGUACGAAAAAGAAACUACAAAUAGUUUAAGUAAUAAAGAUAAUACGGCAGUUCAGUGCCUUUCUAAAAUAACUAAAAAUUCUAAACAUAAUAGCUAUGUUUCUGUCAUUAAUACGAGAAAAGAUUAUGCCAUGUGUAUUUCAUAUAGAAAUUUAAACCUAAUGGACAUUGUUAAAUGUAUCGUAAAUAAUCCCAGCAGAUGUCACUUAAGAAGAGAAUUGUACAACUUUGUAAAUAGAUAUUGUUUUCAUAUCUUUUUGAAAUCGAGCAAAAAUUUGCGAGGUACAAGUAUAAAGUAUCCGCAUACUGAUACGAGUGUUGUCAUAAGAGACGCACGUUAUUUAAAAGAUAAUGAAAGAAGAAUUGUACACAAUAGGAAAACAGAGGAAGAAUUAUAUAUUGUUCGAUGUCAGGUACAACCGGAUCAUCGAGAUUUGGAUGUUUAUGAUAUAGAUGAUAUAGAGACGUUUGAAACUUUAGAACACAACAAUUAUAUGGCAGAUUAUGAAGCGGACAAGUGUAACUGUGAACGGGAUUCCAAAUCGUGUGUUGAAAAAGGAGUUCUUUUGACUAGCGAUCACUGCUUACAUCACGAACGGUGUAAUUUUUCAGUAAAGUUCACAUUAUCGAAUAUCGACGGUGCUACAGCUACCGAUUCGAGCGAUGCUGAAUCCGAAGCUGAUGUGACAAUCGUCGAGGAUAUUAAACAGGAGAAACGUGUUUGCGUUUAUAAAUCUGGCAAGAAGAACGUGCCGCAAAGUAUAGUUCAGGUCACCCCGAAGAAAAGGAAGUUCGAUCUUCAAGACGACGAUCACGUGUCACCUGGUAAACGAAGAAAUGCGGGCGUUAAAACGCCAAAAAGGAGAUACAAUUCUCCGGGCAAGGCGCCUCGGAGUCCGCAGUUGUCGGGAAAUUACUCGCCUCUUAAUAUUACUAUAACGUCUCCGAAAUCCGGUAAAAGUCCUGUUCGACAGGGCGAACGAUCUCCGAAAAAAAAUCAAUGUAUACCCGAUGCUCCUUCCACUACGCCAAAACACAAUAUACGUCCGUUACGUGUGAGCUUGCUUCGUGAAAAAUUCUUAAAUUCGGAUCUAGAAAAUAAUGGUGACACUGAUAAUGAAACAGACACCGCCCAUAUCGUAAAAACUGAUAAAACAUCAACGAUCGACGAGUCAAUACCAGAUCACGAACAGAGAACAGAAAACAGUGAAAGUUCGUUGAUUAACAGAAGCAAAGAGGUUCGUAAAAGAUUGUCUUUCUUGACUGAAGAAGAUACUCUCGCAAAAACGGAUCACAACGUGGGCCAAUCUGAAACUUCAAUCGCGCUUGGGCAUUCGAGUGACCAUGUACACGUAGAUGUGACUGCACUUGUCUCCGGCAACGAAAACAGUGACGACAGUGUCCCGAACAGUCAAUGCACGGAAAAGAGUAAUAACGAUGUAUCUCCUGAAAGAAGCUACGCGCUAGAUGUGCGAAACUUGGCGAAAAAGUCCACUCACGACGACAUUAUUCCUGAAACCGAUCUCGACGAUGACGAAGAAGAUGUGUGCAGCACAACUUUCACCCAGCAUCUCAACCAAAAGCUGGAGAGCGACAGUCAAGGUUCGUCGUUGGAACGAGGUGGUCGUCGCCCGUCGAAGAACGCGAUAAUUACAAUUACUACGAAGUACAAGCCUCCCAGCCCUGAAAGAAUCCGGAAAAGUAUGACGAUGUACGGCAUUCCGAAGUGCAGAUGGCAGAAACCGUUUUUCAGCAACAAACUCGAUCUCGCGAAACAAAGGGAAUCCUUCAACACGAACGCGUCGUAUUUCGACGCGCCUCCGUUUAAAUCCAGUCUGGAAGAAGUCACGAGUCUCACACUGUGGCGAAGAAUGAAAGUCAACGAGUUUCAUCCUUCCGGAGCGAGUGUAAAGUCUUACCAUAUCAAACGAACCCUUGCUGGAUAUAGCUCGUUAACGAUUAAACCACUUAUGGAGCCACCAUCUUCCAAGGAUGUUAAAAAUUGGAUUAGAGCUAAGAAAUACAUAUCGGAUAAAAAUGCUGAUGUCAAAUCGCGCGAGCAGAACAAGGGAGAGACGUGCAAAAAUGUGCAAGAUGUACAGCGUCCGUCAAUUAAUGCCAUUGAUGAAGAGAUCAAACCCCAGCCGGGAACAUCUAGAAAUUUAAUAAAUAACGAUUCAAACAUGGACGGACGUAUGCAUUCGCCAAUGCCUCGACAAAGCGCGCUGAGUGGAACGUCUGACGAAAGCGGGAAAUCAGACCGUACACGAAAUUCUGAUAAUUCGCAGAUAUCGGAGAACAGUUUGGAUUCUUCCUUGAAAAAGGCAUUGGAAAACCCGUUGUUACAUAAAGAAAAUAAGACGCAGCUGGGUGUGUCGUACGGUCAGAUCGAAUGUUCGUCUAAGGGGAGCUACGGUAACGUCUCGAAUGAGAAUCUUCAGAAAGCUCGAGCGGUAACAGUACAUCAGUAUCUGACGUCGUUAUCUCUCGAAGUGCACGUCGUUACUCGGGAAGAUCUCCUGCCUGAUCCGCAGUGUGAUUCCAUCGCUGCGUUAUUUUUCGCGAUUUACAACGACGCCCCGACUGACGCCAGUGAGCAGAUGGAACAUGGCGCUAUAAUUGUAAAUCCUAACUCUAUAAGCGCAAGACUCAACAAGAUCCACUCUGCCAGCGCGAUGUGUCCAAUCCUGUACGUUGCGACGGAACGGGACGCGUUCGAUAGCCUUGUGAAAUUGAUCGAGCGCCACAAUCCAGACGUUCUGCUUGGCUGGGAAGUGGAGGCGCUCUCAUGGGGCUAUGUAUUUCAGCGAGCAUCUCAUCUUCGUCUCAAUAACUUUCCAGUGAGAAUCUCAAAAGUUCCGCACAUGCAGAUCUUUGGCAAAUCUGACUCGGCUCACGUGUUUGAAAAGGACGACGUAGGUGAGGUAAAAGUAGCUGGUCGUAAUAUCCUUGACGUAUGGAGAAUCAUGAGACAUGAAGCAGCAUUACUGACGUAUACCUUCGAGAACGUCAUGCAUCACGUUUUACACGAAAGAAUUCCGUGUCCUUCCUUCAAAACGUUGUCCACUUGGUGGAAACAGGAGAGCAUGAUAAUAAAAAGCAGAGUUAUACGUCAUUAUGUCAUCAGAGUCGUAGGCACUCUCAAGCUUCUGAAUCACUUGGAUAUUAUAGGUCGCACGUGCGAGCUCGCCCGUCUCUUCGGCAUACAAUUUUACGAAGUCUUCUCGCGAGGCUCACAGUUUCGCGUUGAGUCUAUGAUGCUCAGAUUGGCGAAACCCAUGAACUACAUUCCGAUCUCGCCGUCCGUACAGCAGAGAGCCAAGAUGCGAGCGCCGGAGUGUUUACCGUUGAUCAUGGAACCCGAGUCCAAAUUUUAUACCGAUCCGUUAAUCGUGCUUGAUUUCCAAAGUCUUUAUCCGAGCAUGAUCAUUGCUUACAAUUACUGUUUCUCUACCUGUUUAGGAAGGAUAGAACAUAUAGGCCAAUACGGGCCAUUCCAGUUUGGCGCAGCGACAUUAAGGAUGAAGAAGAACACUGCGUUAAAGUUACAAGAUAAAAUGAACUUUUCGCCUUGCGGCGUGGCCUUUGUGAAGAAAGAGGUACGUCAGGGAAUACUGCCGCGUAUGCUGACGGAAAUCUUGAAUACGCGUCUGAUGGUGAAAGAGUCCAUGAAGCUGCAUCCGGCGGAAAAUCGUACGUUGCAGCGCGUUCUUCAUUCUCAGCAGUUGGGCCUCAAAUUAAUCGCGAAUGUCACUUACGGCUAUACAUCCGCCAAUUUUAGCGGUAGAAUGCCGUGUAUCGAGAUAGGCGAUAGCGUAGUUAGCAAAGGACGAGAGACGUUGGAACGUGCGAUCAAACUGGUGGAAACCACCCCAAAAUGGGGCGCACGAGUGGUUUAUGGGGAUACAGAUUCCUUAUUUGUACUGUUACCCGGAAAAUCUCGAGAAGAGGCGUUUACUAUCGGUGAGGAGAUCGCGGAUGCUGUUACCGCGAUCAAUCCUCCGCCUGUCAAGCUCAAAUUUGAGAAAGUUCUUCAUCCAUGUAUUUUGCAAACGAAGAAGCGAUAUUGCGGAUUCAUGUAUGAAACUCGCGAUCAGGAGAAGCCUGAGUUCCUGGCGAAAGGCAUCGAGACGGUUCGCAGAGAUGGGUGUCCGGCAGUUUCCAAAAUACUCGAGAGGGCCCUUAAAAUCUUGUUCGAGACGAAGGACAUUUCUCUGGUGAAGCAGUACGUGAACAGGCAGUUCGACAAGAUCUUUCAGCGACGCGUGUCCAUCCUGGACCUGACGUUCGCGAAGGAGUUCCGCGGGAUGCGUGGCUACAAGGCCAAUGCCUGCGUGCCAGCGUUAGAGCUGACGCGCAGAUUGAUCAGGAAGGAUCCGCGCGCUGUGCCGCGCACCAGCGAGCGCGUACGCUACGUCAUCGUCGCGGGCGCGCCGAAUCAGGCGCUCAUCUACUGCGUGCGUACGCCGAUGGAAGUCGUCGCCGAUCCGUCAUUAAUCCCGAACUCCGUGUAUUACAUAACGAAAGUCAUCAUACCGCCUCUCAAUCGAUGCUUCAACUUAUUCGGAAUCGACGUCAACGUGUGGUAUAAAGAAAUCUCCCACCGUUCGAAUUUCGAUAAUAUCGCACACUUGGGUGAAGGCAAUCCGAAAUCUACUAUUCGUCAAUUCUUCAGUUCCACGGCGUGCAUCACCUGCGGGGAACAGACCAAUAAAGAGAUCUGUCCGGAUUGCCUUCUGCAACCGAGCCGGACCGUUCUCAUACUUCUCGAAAAGGUCAAACAAUUGGAAAGGAAUUAUCAACAAAUUGCUGCUAUCUGCCAUUCUUGUAUUGGACAAUUAGGCGGCAUAGAAUGCGUAUCCUUGGACUGUCCUGUUUUAUACCGACUGGCACAAGCUCGCAAAGAGCUCGGUCAAGUUUCCUACAUGAACAGUAUUAUUUAUGGAAGUAAUUCCAGUGGAAUUAAGGAAUUGAAUUCAAUUGCUGAGUGGUAUUGAUUACAGUGUGGAAAUUAAUCUUUUAUCUGAAAUGGU